CAGCUCUCAAUCGGCACAAUGUCUACAUCCGCAGUUCCCGGCAACAAUAUGAAGCCCAACACCUGGCAGGGGGCUGGUGCUGCCGAAUUUGACCUCAGGAGCGACACAAUGACGAAACCUACCGCAUCCAUGCUUGAAGCUAUCUGCCAAACGACCCUCCUCGAUGAUGUGUUCAAUGAAGAUACAGUCACCAAUGAUUUGCAAAGCCAUGUUGCCAAGAUCACAGGACAUGAGUCUAGUUUAUUGGUAAUGUCGGGGACAAUGGGAAACCAGGUGGCAAUUCGCUCUCAUCUCGCACAACCUCCUCAUUCGGUGCUAUGCGAUCAUCGAUCUCAUAUCAUUUGCUAUGAAGCGGGUGGUGUAAGUGCUUGGACUGGGGCUACAAUGCAGACUGUUAUACCCAAGAACGGGGUUCAUUUGACCUUGGAGGACAUCCAGAAGCACGCUGUCCUCGAAGACAAUAUCCAUUACUGUCCCACCAAACUGAUCAGCUUGGAGAACACACUUGAUGGAAUGAUUAUGCCGUUGAAAGAGGCACGUCGUAUUGUGGAGUGGGCACAUGCUCAUGACAUCAAAGUCCAUCUGGAUGGUGCCCGUCUUUGGGAGGCCGUGGUGGCCGGUGCCGGCAGCCUACCCGAAUACGCCAGUUUGUUUGACAGUGUCAGCCUUUGCUUCUCCAAGGGCUUAGGUGCCCCCAUUGGAAGUAUUAUUGUCGGCUCUCACGACUUUAUCAAGAAAGCCCGCUGGUUCCGCAAGUCUAUUGGUGGUGGAGCUCGUCAGACUGGUGUAAUUGCAGCUGCCGCCCGAGUCGCGCUGGAUGAAACAUUUGGCACCGAUCCUCAUGGUCAGACAGGAAAGCUUGCGGCAACUCAUGCGAAAGCUAAGCAGGUCGCCGAGAUGUGGACCAGUUGCGGAGGCAAGCUGGAGUACCCCCUGCACACCAAUAUGGUUUGGUUGGAUCUCGAGGCAUCUGGCGUGGGGCCGAAUGACAUGGCACAAAUUGGACAAGAACAAGGGCUGAGACUAAUGGGCGGUCGGGUGGUGGUUCAUUACCAAAUCUCCGACGAAGCACUUGCACGACUUGAGCGAGUCUUCGACACUGCGCUCAAGGGCGAUUUCAAGCGCAAUGAAGACACGACCAAGCCCUAUGGAACUAAAUAA